AUGGUGUGGAAGGGAAUUAUCACAGGAAUCGAAUUACAGAACACGUGGCUCGUUGGUGAUUGGUACAGCUUUACGGCAGAAUACCUUCGUAUGGCGUGGCGGUCUUCCUAUAACGUCUUCGGCUUCUUACGCCUCUACACAGGCCUACCGUCUGGGUUCUGGCUAAGAGGCCCCAGGGAGAACCAACCCCGAGGACUUCAAGCUGCAGGAGGAGCAGCUGCCGGCGUGCGAGAAGGAGAUGUGAUCAUCGAAGCCGAGUGCCUGAGCGUCGACCCGUACAUGCGGUACCGGGCGAGGAUGAUUCCCGUGGGAAGCGUGAUGGUCGGAGGACAAGUAGCCCGAGUGAUCGAGAGCAAGAACCUCAGGAAGGUCGGAAACACCGCCUUACUUCAUUGCAGAAAACUCUGCAACCCGAAGGAGGGAGAAACCGUGCUGGUGAACGCUGCCGCCGGAGCUGUCGGGAGCGCCGUGGUCCAGAUCGCCAAGAUCAAAGGCUGCAAGGUGCAAAUCGCGUCCGCCGGGUCGGAGACAAGUGCGCCCUGGGUCAAGGAGCUCGGCGCCGACCACGUCUUCAACUACAAGACCGCCAACAUCGACGAGGAGCUGAAGAAGGCGGCGCCGGGGGGAAUCCACUGCUAUUUUUCGACAAUUCCUCAUCGUCCGCGAGUGGGCGACUUCACUCUUCACGCCCUCAGACACAUGGUCGACCACGCCCGCAUUUCGGUCUGCGGCGCGAUCUCCACCUACAACAACGAAAGCAAAGACCAAGGGAAAUUGGUCGCUAAUAGUCCAUACGACACUUCUCUCAUAAUCACCAAACAACUGCGUAUUGAAGGUUUCCUGGUGAACCGCUGGCUAAACCGCUGGCUGGAGGGACUCACGCAGUUGAAGCAGUGGGUGCAGGAGGUUAGUAUAUCUGUUGGUAUGUUUUUUGGACGUUCCAGGUGACUGAACGUAAGUUCC